AUGACUGUUGUUUGGGUUCAAACAAAACUGAAACUGAAUGAAACCAAAGAGAAAGCGUUUGAAUACGUAAACCAGCUUUGUGAGAGCCUUCCAAGUCCCGCAGGUGAAUCAAUUAUCGACUGCAAGAACAUCGAAAACAUGCCAAAUGUUACAUUCACAAUUGGAGGCUAUGCUGAGAUGUGCAUAAGCGGGUUUUCGGCUUACGAUUUGCCUCCACCGACUGGUCCUCUCUGGAUUAUUGGGGAUGUCUUUAUGGGAGCCUACCACACCGUAUUUGAUUCAGAAAAUCUUCAAAUCGGAAUCGCAGAAGCUACAUAA